CAGCAUCUCCCCUACUCAUUAUUCUCUGAUAUGCAACUACAGAUUAUCCUGUGGGGACUUAUGGUCCUCAGCAUUGAUCAUAUCCCUUCCAUUAGGAACCUCAAAGAUCUUGAUAGCACACUUCAGAUGAAGUAUGGAGUACCUUCACUAUGCUACCAAGGAUUGCUUGGCCACAUUUAUUAUGUCAACCAUCUCCCAUCCAUAGGAAAAAUAACAAUUUUGAAGCCCCAAGUUAGAGACACAGAGAGAAAGCAGAAAUAA